UUCAGGAAAUGUGUAUUUGUUAUUGGAUUUAACUGCUGAAAUUAAUUGUUGAUAAAUACACAAAUUAAUGUCAAUAAAUGUGUAAAUGCUGGUUUAUUCAUUUAAAUCAUAACAAAUAUGUAAUGAAUAUGUUUUCAGGUUAUAAAUGUAUUGUAAACAAAACACUACAGUUUUAAGUAAAAAUAUUAUAAAAUUUUAGCAGUUGGAAUAUUAUUAAGAAUUUAGAAUAAAAGUAGGUUUAUGCAAAAGUUCUAAAAUGCGAACUUACACUCGGCGGCGGCCGGAGAAUCGAGAAAUAGAUGGUGCAGAGGGGCUGUGCCGUCUGUGCUUAGAGAAGGCAGAAGACCCGGUACCUCUGUUUGUAGAAGAUAAGGAUUGCUCUCCACUUGCCCUGCGUAUUAUGAUAUGUGUCGGUUUAGAGAUGACGAAAGAAGAUAAUCUGCCAAACAUGAUAUGUGGACCGUGCCAAAAAGAACUUGAGAGAUGUUACUCAUUCAGGAAAAAAUGUGAAGUAUCUUAUCAGAAAUUGAAGUCACAUUUAUUAGCAGUGAAGGAGAGACAUCAUGCUGAGGCUGAGAAGAUAAAAGAAAAAAAAUUACUAAAUGUAGUCAAAGAUGAGGAGAAACAAAACAUAGUGUUCACAGUAAACAUGGAUGGUAGCAUCCAGUUAUGUGACAGUAAUAAUUCUUUAACCGGAGAGCGUCUAGUCACGUUAAUGAAGAUGGAGCAGUCUGAUCUCAGUCAAUGUGGUGACACCAUAGUUUUAAAUGCUCCACUUGACACCAAUGAAGUUAAUAUUCAAGACAGGAUAAAUGCUGAGAGUACAAUACCACCAAAUAACAACAAUAGUCUACUGCUUCCAUUAAAUAUGCCUCAAGCAACACCAUUACAACCGGAUGCAUCAGCUAGUCAGUCAGUAUCGGGCACAGAUAUGGCAAGAUUUCUGUCCACCAUGCUCGUAGAACUGGGCAUCAUCAGUAAACACGGGGAUAACAUUGUGACAGUGGAAUCUGGCAAUAAAAGUAUACAGAUUGAGGCGGGCGACGGGAGUCUUAUUUCUAUUGAAUUAAUUGAAGAAGACGAACAAGAUACACACGAAUUACCUGUGCAGUUUGAAAGCCAAUCCAAUACCACACUUAACGGAGAGGUGAAUAAUCUCCUUGAUGGGAUCCAUAAAACAAAUGGUGUCACCAAAAAGCUAGCAACCAAGGAUGCGGUCUCGGAGAAGUCCCAGCCGUGGUGCGGCCUGUGCAGCAAGGUGUUCGUAUCCCGCGGAGUGCUGGCGCGGCACGUGCGCGACGUGCACCAGCGCCAGCGGCCGCACGCCUGCCCCAUCUGCCACAAGCGGUUCGCGCAGAAGGAGGUGCUCACGCGGCACCAGCUCGUGCAUGAUGCGAAGCGGCCGCACCAGUGCCCGCAGUGCCCCAAGAGCUUCACGCAGCGCGGCGCGCUGGCGUCGCACGCGCGGCUGCACCGGCCGGCCGAGGCGCGCGCGCUGGCGCUCUACCAGUGCCCGCACUGCCCUAAAGUCUUCCUUUACGCUUCCGGUAACGCUCAGCAAUAUCAAUGCGUGAGCCGGCACAUGGCGCAGCACAUGGGCAAGGUGUUCGAGUGCGGCACCUGCGGCCGCCAGUUCAACGACAAGAGCUCGCUGCACAGGCACUUCAAGCUGACGCGCCACCAGCCGCGACCUGCCGACGCAGAGCCCGCCGCGCCGCCGCCCGGCGCCGGCGAGUAAUCUCUAUACAGUUAGGUAGUCUCAUACGACCACCUGUAAGGUCUGCACGGUUACGCUAUCGCUCGCGGCGCGACAUGUACCGCGGGCGCGUGCUACGACUUUUAUCUACAUACAGCAUUCCAGUUAAAACCAGUGUUAAUUGUUGUUGUCAUUCUUACAUGUUAUGGAAGCUUAACCGAACGCUCAACAGUCAAAGGAUUGUAUUACGAUACCGCAGCGCAGCGAAUCUAUCUUAGUUGAGCGUUCGGUGAUCCGAUUGUUCACAGUUCCCUGACUGAACCACAAAUAAUGUUUUAAAUAUUUUGCUAUACUUACCACGUAUUUUUCUCUUGGUAAACACAUGUAAGUAGACAAUGGCCCCGAUUUCAGCAGAACCCAAUUAAUUUUAUUUUAAGUUAUACCUAUCAUUUUCUUAUCUGUCCAAAAGAAAAAGGACGGAUGGUUGACAACGGUUAAUUUUAAAAUGGAUGAGAGAAUGCAUAAUCCAGGCGAAUAAAAUAGCCAUCUCACUGAUAUACAAUCCGUUUGACUUUAUUGGUCAAUGUAAAAUUUUAAGAGGGUUGUUUAAAUUUCUGUAAAUUGUAUGCCUGUCGAUUAUGGGUAACCAAUCCUUUCCUUUUUGACGGAUAAGAAAAUGACAGGUAUAACUUAAAAUAAAAUUAGACGGUGUGUACUGGAAUCAGCGCCAUUAUAUGAAAGUAGAUUUAUUCAUUCGAAAAUUGUACUAAAGAGCAUCACACCCCAUCCGAACAGUGUAUAUACUUCCUGUCUGUAUGUUUAUGUACAAAACAUUUAAAUUUGGUCAGUAGGAAUCGAUUUGUUCGAAUUUCAAAAGUAUGUACUCGCGCACUCGUGCGAUUAAGUCAGUCAACUUACAAUGAAAAUAAUAAUUAGGCUAAUAAAUUAUUAUUUUACAGGUAUUUAUUAUUUU